GGCCUCUGCGAAAACAGCAGUUGAGCUGAUUGGCGGAAAUCCUUGCCCCGCUCAUUGGUUGUGCCCGUUGCUGCGACGGGGAGUGGGUGGGGGUCAGGAAAAGCGACAUGGCGGCGGCAAGAGGAGAAGGGCCGCUGCAGGAGAUGAUGGAGGUUGACAGGCGGGUAGAGUCAGAAGAGUCAGGAGAUGAAGAAGGGAAGAAGCAAGCAGGUUGCAUAGUAACAGACCUCAGUCAGCAGAGCCUGAGAGAUGAGCAGAAUGGGGAGAAUUUAACAGGAGAGGCAGAGACACCAGUGGAUAUGGAGACAAUUAAUCUGGACCCGGAAGCUGAGGAUGUUGACCUGAAUCACUUCCGAAUUGGAAAGAUUGAGGGAUUUGAAGUGCUCAAGAAAGUGAAGACUCUGUGUCUGCGUCAGAAUUUGGUUAAGUGCAUCGAGAACCUGGAACAGUUGCAGACUCUCAGAGAACUGGAUCUCUAUGACAAUCAGAUCCGGAAGAUUGAGAACUUAGAGGACCUGACAGACCUUGAGAUCCUGGAUAUCUCUUUUAACUUGCUGCGACACAUUGAAGGACUAGACCGGCUCACCCAGCUUAAAAAACUCUACCUGGUCAACAAUAAAAUCGGCAAAAUUGAGAACCUGAGCAACUUACAGCAAUUACAGAUGUUAGAGCUGGGAUCCAAUCGAAUCCGGGCAAUUGAGAAUACUGACACACUGACUAACCUGGACAGCCUGUUCCUGGGAAAGAACAAAAUUACCAAGCUCCAGAAUUUGGAUGCACUGACAAACUUGACAGUGCUCAGUAUACAGAGCAACCGGCUGACCAAGAUCGAGGGUCUGCAGAACCUGGUGAAUCUGCGUGAGCUGUACCUUAGCCACAAUGGCAUAGAAGUCAUCGAGGGACUGGAGAACAAUAACAAACUUACAAUGCUGGACAUUGCAUCCAAUAGGAUCAAAAAGAUUGAAAAUGUCAGCCAUCUAACAGAGCUGCAGGAAUUCUGGAUGAAUGAUAAUCUCAUUGAGAGUUGGAGCGACCUGGAUGAGCUGAAGGGAGCCAAGAAUUUGGAAACUGUAUAUCUGGAGAGAAACCCCCUGCAGAAGGAUCCUCAGUACCGGCGCAAAAUCAUGCUGACUCUUCCUUCUGUCCGGCAGAUUGAUGCCACGUUUGUCCGAUUCUGAACUUCCUGCCUACCCUCUCUCCUUCCUUCCUUGGAGAAAUGUCCCAGUUGGGUUUUUUAUCCACUUACCACUACCCAAGUCUUCAGUACACUGGCACAGAGAAAACAGCCAAUAAAAAGCACUGAGUACCAGAUCUUGUGUAUAAUGCACUCUCUCUCGUUGUUUUUGAAAAAUUAUGAUGAUGAUGAUUAUUAUUAUUAUUAUUAUUAAUAAAUCUUAACACAUGAUA